AUGUUCGAUGAGGGUCAGCUGGUGCGGGCUUGCGGCCAAAGCCCCAUUCUGAGAGAGAAGUACAUCCAGAGCGUGGUCGGCAACCCGUCUGCGGAUGCACUCCCACGACACACUCCAGGAGACGACGAGGAAAUCUGCUCGAUCCUCCAGCACUCGAGGUCAUACUACUACGAUCGGCUCAUCCUUCCACACCUGACGCCCACAGUCUUGAAAAAGAUGGAGCCUCACCUGGCAUGGGGCGUCGACGAGCACGGGAAGUUCAGGAGGUUUUACAGGAUCAUCGACGACAUGGCCGACAAUAAGAACUCUGGGCUUAGGCGUGAACGCGUCAGCUGGACGCUGACGAACCCCCCGGAGCGCAAGUUGCUGGCAUUGCAGAACAGUCUUGUCCAGGGCCAGGGAUCUGCCAUCUUCGAGUGGGCGGACAACCCAGACUCGAGGAUGCUCAACGAGAGCCAAGCGUUGGACGUCCCCACGCUCAGCGCAGCGAUUGGUCUGGGCCAGAAGAAGAGCGCAGGCAAGAAGGCUGGAGAUGGUGACGGUGAUGACAAAGGAAAGCCGCCCACUCUUCUUCCGCUGAGAAGGUCCACCCCCGACGACUCGCCAUUCGCCACGUGGGGCCCAGAAAGGAAGCGCGGCAAGCACAACGUGAACUCUCAAUGCGACACGGUUGUGGCAUCGUCGGCAGUUACCCCACUCGGUGAACCUCGUGCGACAUCGCCCAGGAAGAGCUUGCCACCAGUGCCACUGAUGGGCCCACAUGCAAAUGGCUUGACAUCAGGCGCCCUGGACCAGCUCAAUGCGGUGCACGGCUCCUCUGCGAGCAACUCAGGGCCAGGAAAUGCAGGUGCUCCGAAGGUGCCUUGUUCGGGGAUUUCUUCAGCGGCGCCAGACGACGGCGCGGUCAGCGCGGCGGAGUUGCUGAAGACUGACCCGCCCGAUGCCCCAGGCAAGUGCGAGUAUUGGAUUCGGAAGAACAACCUAUUUCAACAUCUGAUGGAUGCCAAGUUGAAGAACUGCAUCAAAGAGGCCAAGAAUGUAUUCGAGAAGAUUCAAGGCACACGUGAGUAUGCUGCGAACUACGCAAGUCUCAACGCACACAUGAAUAACGUGAAGGCGUUGGACCCCACCUACAUGUUUGCGAUCGCCGCUCGAAAGGUGAACGGCAUCACCCCAGAGAAUUCGAAGCUCACUGUGGACCAGACGCGCCUCAUCAAGGAAAUCUGGCAUCACCCCAAACCUUGGACAGCCGUGAUGGAAGCCAUGGAUCACCAAUUGGAAACUUUUGACGACCUUGCAGGGUUUGGUGAUACUGAUCUUGGCAUGGCUGACAACGAGGACAACAUCACGCACGCGAUCAAUCCGAACGAGAGGUUGGGGCCGUGCAGCCCCUUUGACCCUCUCGACCCGAAGGUGGCCCAUAUCCCCAGCGAAAUCUUGGACGACAGGGUUUCGAUGUACGUCCAGCUCCUUGUGAACGCCUUCGCAUGCAACAUGAUCUUGAAGGGCGACAUCUGCAAGGACUCCACCGCCAUGUUUGCACAGGUUGUCUGCGAUGAAUUGUUCAACGAGCUGCAGUUGGCCAUGGCCCCUCCAUGCUUCAUGUCGGUCGGCAGGGAGUUACUUACCUCGCUCAAGCAAGUCAUAUUCCUAGAGGACUUGGCUAAAGAGACCGUUGGAGAUACUUACGAGGAGCGCUACGCCGAGUUCGCGAAGUUCCAGAAGGAUGUGUCUGAGAAGGCGCCGCCUUGGGGCACCAUGGGGUACGUGAAUUCUUCCCUGGGGACCUCUUUCCACUGGUCUAAGCUGGUGACAUCCGCAAACGAGAAGCACGACAACACCUUGAGCACGCUGAAAGCCGUUCAGCCACACGUGGACAACAUCAACGAAUGCUUGUGUCCCGGGGGCCGCGCGGAGGACGCGAUCGCGAAUCUUGCGCCCGUGGAUUCGUUUGGGACAGCCGCCGAGAAUUACCGCAAGUGGCGCACUGUGGACAAGGCGAACACAUCGCAGAUGCUAGCCACUCUCGCCAAUAUGUUCAGUAAGGGCCUCUUGAAGUUCAGCGAUGCCGUUGUCAAGAAACCGAAGAAAAGUGAUAAGGUUGGAGGGUCCGUCGACACGGCUAUCUCACUACUGCGCAGAAGCUUGAAAGUUUUCCCCGAAGUGUCGGCAUUUCGCGUGGAACUGGCCAGCCUCGAGCAAUUCAAUAAGGAGUUCUCUAGCGCGCAGCGGAGCCAGCGACUCGAGCAGGUUGCAUCGAACAUCAUCAAGAACUUGGUGAAGAACGUGCCGCACUCAGAGAGCGCAGAGAAGGAUAUCCUCUCGAAGCUCAAUUCCCUCGAAGACGAGAUCUACACUGCCGAGUCCAGGGUUGCGCACUACCAGGCGUUGCAACAUCUGGCGGCGUGGACGUUCACAAGGCUCCAGUCGGAUGGCGACUACUUGCGGCGCUUCCUCGGCCUCGGGGACACCAGCGCUCAGCGAGCCAAGAAGGACGAGGAGCAGAACUACGACGCAACCGCGAGCCUGAGAUCCUUGUGGAGGUCGGUGACGGGCACGUUCGCCACGGUGAAGGCGAUGAGCGGGUUCGAGGAUCACCAGGUGAUCAUGGACAAGUACUCCGAGGUGUUGUUCGAAGGUGUGGGCGCGAACCUGACGGACGUGGCCUUGGAGACCAUGCGGAUCGAGGCUGAGCAGCUCGAAGGGCUGCAGGCUGACGCGCUCGAGAAGCUCGUGGAGAUGGGCGCGAUGGCGGGCUUCAAGGCGAAGGGGCACAAGGAGCUGAGGGAG